CAACAACACACCCACGACGAUCCUGACAACCCCGUACUCCGUACCCAAGUGUCUCAUUAUUCCAGAGACCACACUACCUAGGUGCCUUGUCUUUUGGUAGUUAAUAACACGGGUAAAGGAGAAAAAACAAAAGGCAGAAACUUAUUUUCCUGAUGUGGCCCCGACAUUUUCGUUGUCGUUCGUCACAAACAAACACCAUGACUUUGGUUCUGUGACACUCGCGAUGAUAAAUCGAGAAACAAUAUCCAAAGGGCAAACAGCAACUCGGUACGGACAUCCAAAAAUAAAAAUGUCGGACACUCGUUGCGCAGACCCGGAUUUACAACUCGACGUUGAUGUGAUGAUAUUGGAAUACACUCUGUAUCAUGCCAUCAAAUCACAAUUCGGUCUUCUUUCGAUUGGAUGUCGAGAUGCGACACAAACUACCGAAGCGAAUCGACUGUUGACGAUUUUCGACCGUUUCAUCAAUCACUUUAACCGACGACAUCCCGCGCAUCCAAAGUCGAAUGAAUUCUACAGUAAUUUGGACAUGCUCGAAUUUUUGGUCCUGCUGUCAAACCGAUCGAGUACGACGACGACGACCGAAUUCAGUCGAGACACUCGAAACAAGUUACGUUCCGUUUCGGUCGAGAACCUGGCUUCUCGCCGUCGUUGGUUGGGGGGAAGGGGACGGUACGCUCGGAGACUGAGCAAGCAACCGGCCACUUCAAAGGAUAACGUCCUACGAGAUGUGGAGGACCGAAUUUGUAGAUUUUGGAAUCGGAAUAGACAUGACGUCGCUGGUUCAUCACAACAUCGACCCUCACAGUCACAGUCAAUGACGGUAUCAUCACCGUCACUGUUUGAUCUUCUUCCACGAUUCAUGACAAUCUCGGCAGAAAUGUCGGCGACAUUGAACCUACCUCCGAACGAGACGUGGAUGCACGUGGCAUGUGAAUUCAUGCUCCAAGCCAGUUUGGAAUCGCUCGGGACCCAUCCUCAUGCGUCCAUCAUCGAGGAAGACAAAAACGUAUUGCCACGUCUCGAUGAUUGCUUCGCGUGGGGUUACGUCGACCCUCGACACCUGAUCCCCGACGAUGACGGCGAGGAUGUCUGUGGUGGUGGUGGUGGUGGUCGUCGUCGUCGUCGUCGUCGUCGUCGUGAACUUGACGAGAAAACCCAACUCGUCAACGACUUAUUUACCGAUCCUGACUCCGUUGUUGUGACCGGGGAGGAGCACGACAAUGUCACGACAGAUCCGGUCGGGUCGGGUCGAGAAGAUCCGGAAUGGACCCAGAUCAGAUCACAAUGGUUGUCUGAAUUCUCCAUCCCGGCCGACGCUUCAGAACGGUACCGAUCUUCUCGUCUAGACAGGUUGAUUGUCAAGUUCCCUCUGGAAAAGUUUCUACCAAACCUCGUCACCUUCAUGCAAAACGUUUGGGACCAAUCUUGUGAGGAAUUGGAUGGAAAACCGAUCCUGGCACAAAUCGAGCAAGGUCACAUAAAAUCCUUGGGUGUCGAGGGGGACGAGUUUGAAGAAUUUUUGAGUCGUGUCGGUCUCGGACGGAAAAAGUCGUCUCCGGAGAUCCUAACUUUUGAUGGUACGUGGAAAUGCAUGGUCCAGAAAUAA